CUGGGCGCAAGAGGUCGCGGUGGUGUGAUGCUGCCCCCGCGCUGGCUGUUCCUCCUGGUCGUGUUCGUGGUGCAGUGCCGAGCGCAACAGCACCAGAGGGGGGUAUCGCCCCAGCGGUCGGCGUUCUUCGGCCCCAUCAAGCAGGACGCCGCCGUGCCCGCAGAACAGAGGAACUACGCCUACUUCAGAAACGCUCUGCUAAGUGGCCGGGUACCGUACCGGAGUUCGGCGAUGUUCUACAGCGAGCCUGAGCGUCGCGGUCGUUCGGGUCGGCACCGGAUGGCCUUCUACGACAUGGGUCUGGAAAAGCGGUUCCCCGAGGUUGACCAGCGGGGGUUCCACGAGGACAUCUUUGAGGAGAGCUUCGGAGACUUCAGCCCCGUCAAAUAGACGGGCAGGGUGGGAAGAAAAUGACACGCGAAACCCAACCUGCUCCUCGCCCACCAGCCACCACGAUGACGAUGCCGUACAGUCAAUGUCGUUUGUUCGCUCUUAAACCAAAAUAUUCUUAUCUUGUCGGUGAUGUAGGAACCUUGGGCUGACGCCACUAGGAGGAACGGAGGAUACGUUAAAUUUGUUUUAAUACCGGCGCCUAUGCCACUCAUGCAAUUGGACAAGCCGAGGCAUGCCUCUUUGACAACUUUCGGUCGCGACUGUUAUCGUGUGAGAAAGGCAAAUAUGCGUGUGGCCAAGUUUUGUUGCUCGUAGUGGAACACGGAUAGAGACAACGUUUUCGCGCACUUUAACAGGUCAAAUUACAUGACAUAGGUGCUAUCCUAAUGGAAGAGAAAACGCAGCGCACCUAUUGUACUUGGUGGUGCUAUAUGCCAUGGGUGUGAUUGACUUUGUAGAUGAAUAAAGCAGGUCUGUCUCUUUCAAAGCGUGGCACAAGCUAGAAGCUGAACUAAUUCGUUGACUAUUUCGUGAAGUAUGACCUAAGUGGCUGAGAAAGCGAGGAGGAGGGAACAGUUCGUUCACUGGGGUAUCAUUGGGGCACGCACCUUUCAAUACCUUGCGGUUUCGUGUUUCGUUGAACAAAGUGGUUUAGUAAAGUAUAAGCGGGUUAGGUUUUAGCCCGUCGUUAAUUUUUAACACUUGAGAUUUAUAUGCUUGCUGAAACAAUAAAUAAAUCCACACUCGCAUGUCCCCAAACUCUCCAAACUCCGACCUCUGUAGUGUGAGCGACCCACCUUGGCUGUCGCAAACAGGACUUUCGCGGACGUGCUCUGUUGAAAGAGAGGAAACAGCAGUCGAGGAAUUGAUUCUUUCCGGAUGACCGAAGUACCGUUCAACAGUUGCAUUAAUUGCAAAGUAUAUGAGUGUAAUUUUGCCAGUAUUGUUAUGGAACCUGUUCCGAGUCACCUGCGGAAGUGCUGGAGUGCGAUUUAGUAAAAGGAAGCCUUUAUAAAAACACGAAGGUUGUUUUCUCACGGCAUGUUUCUCUCAUGUUCUUGCAGCCUUCCCUUUACAACGGGAAACAUGAUUUUAGGGUGCUAAAAAGGCACAUGCAAGGGAGAAACACACAAAGACACACAGAGCGCCAACUACCAGCUGAUUUAUUGCAUGCACAAAAUUAGCCACAACCUUAAGAAGGUGGCAGCUAUAUACGUUGUCCGUGUCGUUUUUUUCCGUCCCCGACGAACUAGUCGAGCGGCGAUGUCGUCGUACCUCGAGUAUUGAGAGAUAAGGGUGUACGGAGAAUCACGCUAAGCGAUUUGUGCGCUGUGGCCGAAUGUAGGCCGAAGGGGCAGAUGCCUGAAUGAUCGACUGAGGGAGUAUUCCAACAACUUAAACAAAUUAGAUGGCGCGCAUCUUAGCACGCAUUGCAAUGCCUGCGCGCGUGAGCCAUAGUUUGUACGCGCGUUGCCAUACUGGGCAGGAGCGGUAAUAAAACUGCUCGUGAACUCUCGGAGGCGAGCUACAUCAAAAAGAAAGGCACCACGUAUGUUAGUGAUACCUCAGUCACGUUGUAUGAUACUGAUAUGCACUUGUUUGAAGCACAGGUGUACCGGCAGAGAUAAUCCUUGAAUGCCACGUCAUAUAUCUCGUGUUGCGCGUGCGCGGGAAUCCUACCAUGCCCCAUCUUCUAUUUCAAUAGACCAGUUUGUAGUUGGCGCUCUGUGUGUCUGUGUGUGUUUCUCCCUUGUGUGUGUCUCUUUAGCGCCCUGAAAUCAUAUUUUUCAAAUCGCAACAACCUGCACAAGAAGUUUUAUUAAGGUCGUCACAACGGGAUAACCCUGUCUAUAAUAUAUCAACUAAGGGGUUUUCAGGUGCUUCUUCACUUCUAUUGCUGGUAACAUUAGACGGUGUUUCUUAAAUUCCUUUGUCGAAGAAGCAGUUUAUGAUUUCAUAAAACGGCAGAAGUAUAAUGUGCAGGUUGCCCUCCUCCGCGGCACUAUAUACGUCAGUUGCAGUCAACAUUCAUGUGCCAGAACAUUGCAACUGACUUUCAUUAGCUUGGCUGUUGUUUUACCUUAAUGGACAGCAAAACAAGUGCGCCUCUUCAAAUCGUCACCACAUGUCUAACGUAGGUCCCAAAGUUUCGUUAUCGUACGUCACGCAAACAGGAGCGCUUUUUUUUAUGCAAAGCAUUGGGACACGAGUGCACGAACGCGCUUAAAUCUGCUGCUGGCUCUGUUGCUUGGCGGAAAGAGAUCACGUGUGACUUCGCGCGUGUGACGUCACACGUAUAAGACGUUCUAUGUAUGAACACGAGAGGUCACGUUCGUGUGGGACGUCUACUGAGAGUGCAAUGAAAUUGUUGGAAGGUGUAGGAAAGCCUUCUCUUGUCCAAGUGGUAGUUUGCCAGUGCUGGAAGGUGCGACAGCGGCCAUUAUCUUUCACCUUGAUGUGAUGCAUUAUAGUAUAAUACCUGUCGCGUUAGGGAAUCACUUCAAUACAGAUGCCUGGGCGUUCUUGACACCGGUCAUCUGGUGACACCACGCACAAGGUUCCCCUAUCACUGAACUGGAGGCGGCAUUUAACUAACAACGUGAUCAAAAACAUUUCCUUAAGAUAGGGAAAAAGCAGGGAACAAAAAAAAUACAAGAGAGAACGGGGACGAGCCACCAAGAAUAUGACAGCAACUCGAGCUCCAUAUGUGGGAACUGUAAAUAGCUUGUUGCCGUAAUCCCCGUGAUUUAAAUUGUUCGAACUAUUCUUCAAGUACUAUUCCCUUGCCGCCAGCACCAAACGUUACUUUCCCAUUACGAAAUAUCUAUAUAGAGAACCUUGUCUAAGUUAAUGAAAAGUUAUAACGUUGUCAUCUGUUCCGCGUGAAUAAACGUACCGUACGGUGUCACACUAUAACGCAGAACGGGGAAGUGUUUCUUGCUUGUGCACCCGUGAGUUCUGACUGUGCACUUUUCUGUGUGAAUAUGGAUGCGUUUUAUACGUUUUCCUUUUAAAAUGAGAAAUGCCAAACUCGGCUAUUUUUCUUGCUGGCUUAGUUCUUUUUCUUGUCGAUUGCCUUACGCGUGGAAAUGUAGUGGCAUUCUGAUUGAAAAAGCAUCUGUUUAAAACACAUGUGCAAAUACUUUUGCUUGGCUUACCCGUGUUGUUGCGUACUUCUUGGUCGUGACUAUAUCCUCGAGCUGCAGAAUUCUCUGUUCACUUCCCACAAAUCACAACUAGUCAGACUAUUCCGCUCAGUGAUAUAGAACACAGCAACACAACUGCGCUAUCUUUAACAGUAUUUAUUCGACAGAACGUGCGAGAAAAACAAAAGUAUUUUCAAUUGACGCGUAGAUGUCUACUAGAAUAAAGGAAAAGAAAUGGCUUUAGAUAAUUGGUGGCCUCCUUUAUCAGUAGCUUCUUUUUUUUGUUCGUGGAUUGUUGCACAAACCAGCAAGAAGGUAAAAUUGCUGCUAUUACGGCGCCUGCGAGAUACUGUAUCAUCUAAUUAGAGGGAAAACGGCAAUGUUUAAAUUGCAUGUUUCCCAAAGCACCAGAUGUCAGUGCAUUGGUCCUUUUGACUGAGUGCCAGGGCUAUUUACGUUAUAGCCGGUACUUUGCUGUCGUAUAACCGAUUCGUUGUCAAAGCUUUAUUGUAAACGGGCAGCUGUUUGCGCUCCUGCAUUUCAGGAUAUAAUGAAUGAUUGUUGCACUCUGUGGAAUGUCAGCGUACCCCUGUUCCUGGCAGUGUGCUGACUGAUGAACAAUAAAAGCUAAUGGACGUAUUGUU